UUCAGGAUUUGCUGUUAUCUUCCAGGAUUGGCGGAAUGAGAUUUUCCCCUGUGUCCAUCACACAACACUGUGCAAGCCCCACGUUUUCGCGUUUUAUUAGGGCUACUGUCGUGCUCGCAAGGUAACACGCUGUGCCAUGGCUGGAAACAUUAUUGCUAACGUGUCCCGAGUUUUGUCACGUUCCUCAAGGUAUAAUUCAUUGUUAAACGUUAUCAACGUUGGGAAGAAUGAGCUAGUCACUGUUAAGCCCUUGUCGAGCUACGCGAGUGCGGCGAGAAGCCGGCAUUUACUGAAGCCUUCGUCUACGCUUAAAACAGUAACUUGCAGUUGUAGUCAAGCCAUUACGAAAGGAGACAAAGAGCUCGCAGAAUUUCUGCUGGAAGAAAUCGACGCAGAAAAGAAGGCAAGAAAGGGGAGUCAGCUUCCAAAGUUAGAAGGGUUCGAUGUGAAGGCGGAUGGUGCAGAGCUAACACUCACGAAAAAGUUCAACAGCGAAACGGUUACAGUACGUCUGAACGUAAAUCAUUCUGUGGAUGCAGAAGAUGCAGAAAAUUUCACGCCUUCUUCAGACAAAGUUCCAGAGGCUGGCGAGAUGAAAUCAAAGCCUUCGUUCAAUGUGGAAAUCGAACAAAACGGGAAGAAGCUGUACUUCAGCUGCACAUUCACAGAGGGUGGUGCUCCUGAAGAUCAGAGCCAGGACAGCUAUAAUGAUGCUUUCAGUGUGGCAGAAUUUGCUAUCUACGAAGGGGACUGGAAGGAUGCAGUCUACACAGUGUCUGGAGACAUUAUGGAUGGGUACCUGUAUGAUCUCCUGAUGAACAUGCUGGAGGAGCGAGGCAUCUCAAAUGAGUUCGCAGACCAACUGGUGGAGUUUUGUACGACAUACGAGCACGGUCUUUACAUCGAACUUCUGGAGAAGCUUAGAGCGUAUGUUACCCAGAAGUAGUCAUCCAUGCGGCAUUAAAUCAUCCAGAGUACGGGCCUUUGUAGAUAAAUACCACCCAUGGCCCAAACACUGAAGUUGAAUGUGUUUGUUGUAGUUAGUUUCUGAAUGAAGAAAUAAAACAUUAUCAGUGUU